UUUGGUGGGAUGCACUUUUCGUAUAUCUGCCAAUAUCUUACUGACGUUCAUGCUAUAGUUAGUCUAGUUCAUGGCCCGUGAGAAAUGUUUCAUCCAACUGUGAAAUUCUUGUAGAGUGAGUAUAAAAUUUCCUCUACAGACCAUUUGCGUUCAUUUGUCUGGUGAUCUGUCUCAGUUUGAACCCAUCCAAAGCCAUGGCCAUGCUCAGAGUGUCUUCAUACCGCAGGCAGUUUGAGGAUAACUGGAACCGAAGCAGAUGGUCCAGUGUACCGUGUGCAGUGCAGUAUCGUGGUUCUGCCAGGGGUGCAUCAAUCAAUCGGUGUGAUUGCAACAUUUUAGAUUUUGCAGCUGCCAAGGCACUCAACAAGGAGGGUCUGAACCAGUUUGUCCAAGAUCGGAAAAUCAUCGCUGGCCUCAAUGACCGUCUGGUUAGGCUUAUUGAGCUGGCACGUUGUUUUGAGCAGGAGAACGAGUCUCUAGAACGUCAGAUUGUGACGCUAGAAGAGAAGCUGGAGCAACAACAAGCGACAUCCACAGUUGUCGCUGCGGUCGCUGUGCCUGCCUGCAGUCUGGAUGCGGCAGUGAACAGGCUGUACGUGGAGAGGGAUGAGAUUCUACAUGACACAGAGAAACUGCAGAAAGAGCUGGAAGGUCUGAAGCACAAGUAUGAGGUGGCUGUGCAGCACAGGAUCCUAUUCCAGCAGGAAAGAGAGGAAGUUGCUGAGGAAGUGGAUGCUGUGACAGCAGAGUGUUUGGCGCUCAGGGAGCAAGUGGCUAUCUACGAGGAGCAGCUGGCUGGCAUGGAGGCCCGGCACAGGACGGCAGUCGAAACUCUGCUGGAGCCAGCUAAAGGAGUGACAGGAGCGGCGGCAGUGAUUAAAUUAGGCAGCCCUGCCAUCACGCGAGCAUUGGAUAUAAAGGAGUACUACCACCAGCUGGCCCAGCGCCUCCAGAACGAGUGUGGUGCAUCCUCAACUCCUAUUGUUCGCAGUGCAGAUGGAAAACGAGUGGAAGUGGGCGGAUCUGUAGGGCCAGCGUACAAAGAAUUGUCAGAAGUGAAGGACAUCGAUGAAAUGAAGCUGCUGAUUUCAGAGCUCCAUAAAGAGCUUGCCAGCCUUGAAAAAUGUGAUGUAGAGUUGGAGGACGAAAUGGCAAUGAAGGAAAGCAUAUACUCAGAAGAGGUUUCAGACUUGGAGUGUACAGUAGGUGAAAUGAAGCAGCAGCAAGUUGAUCUCCAGCUGCAGAUGAAGGAGCAGUGUGAAGACUACAAGGAACUUCUCAGGGAGAAGAUGGCCCGAGACAUAGAAAUUGCUGCCUAUAGGGGUCUGGUGCAGGAAGAGGAGGAGAGGCUGUGCCACCUGUGACUUGAAGCUGGGGACUGCAGCUAAGUGCUCCCUCACACACGGAUUACAAAUGGAAAAUCAAAACGCAAAAAGCAGACGCAAAUCAGCUCUAGCAGGAAGCUUAAAGUACCACGCAGCAAUUUAAGCAAAUGUAAACUCGUGAAAGAUUAAUUCCAUCUGGAAGCCUAAGCUGGGCCAUUGAUAACAGGUCGCUGGAAGAUGACCCCGACACUACAAGAAGGAUGGACCUGUCUGAAAGUGGUAGGAGUGUUGGGGUUGGGCUGUGAAACCAUGAAAUGUCUGGCAGGGGUACUUUCUUAAGUGCAUUCAGUCUAUACAAGCUUGCUGAUAUGAUUCAUAAACAUUUUGUCCUCUCUGCUGGACAAGUCACACACAGGCAUGUGUGCAUGCUAAACUGUGCAUUCCCUUCUUGAUACCACCUCAUCCUUCACUCAGCCACAGUCUGAUAACAAAGCUCUUAACCUUUGCCCUCUCCACUGUUAAAUGUAUGGACAGCUGUCACUCUCCAGAAACACUGGGGGGGGGCGGGGG